AUGCUCAUGCGCAGCUAUCUCACGUCCCUACAGCAACGCUCCAUUGACAGCAACUCUGUCAAAAAGCGCGACAUGGAGCAGAAGCAGCCACAAAUAUCUCGGAGGUCUGGCUCUUUCAAUCCAGAGGCACCAACUUUCAGUCCGACGACCGCCGAGACUAGCAUGUUCACUGGGCCUGCAGGACCAACUCCUCCCACCAGUCCGCGACAGAAAGCAAAGAUGUCAGAUACGUUCGACGAAGACUCGCCUUUUCGCCCUGCUAGAGACAUGCGACCGAACUAUCAAGGCUACGAAGAGGUCAACGCUGUAUGGAUGCAGAGGAAGUUACCGGAUCAGAAGGAUAUGCCACUGAACUCUUUGCAAGAAAUGCUACAAGAUCACCAUAUCGCCUUGAAUCAAGAUCGACCUAGUGCAGACUUUCGCAGCAAUUUUUCCGAGGAUUCCUCGAACUUUGCCAUGGCAUACACUGCAAAUAGCCCCUUCUUUACGCGGCGACUCCGUUCAGACUCUAACGCCCCAGGCGUCGACGAGCUGAGUGCGGGACUUGGUCUACCCAGCAUCCAGAAGAGAGGCACCAACGUGGACUCACCAGCCCGCUCUCACAAGUCACGCGGCUCUGAAGUUUUGCCUCAAGAUCUCUUUGCCCAAUAUAUGGACGGCAAGAGUGUACUCUUAAACGACGUCUUUAACACGCCUCGGGGCCUCAAGGGCGAUGGUCGUGAUAUGUAUUCGGGAGAACGUGCAGGUGUUGAGCGUCAACUUACGAGACUAGUGCCUCCGCCUCCUGGCUUUACUGGAGAACGCCCUCGCAGGAUCUUCGCAGAGGAGCAUAGCUCAGUCAACCCAGUGGCUACGGAGUCCCUAGUUCGGCAAAUACCCACUGGUCCUGCAGGACUUAGACAACUGCGAAGAAUUAGUGAUCUCAAUUCCAUCAACCAUGCGCAAUACCAUGGCCAUAUACGUGGACCGUCUAGGCAUUACCGUCCAAGAGCACUUCCCCGUAUCAAGCGCACCGAUCAAGGUCCCGAGCCUUCAGAUGCCGAUAUAUACCCCGAUGAUGCGAAUUUCAUACCCCGACGUCCACCGUAUCAGCCCGAGUCUGUAGGUUCCCUACCCAGCUACAUAAUGGAUAUGCCAUCAACAAGGCAGGUCCAUGCAGAAGACGUUAUGGUUUGGCCCACCCCAGCAGAAGUUUACAGGCAGAAACUCGGCAGUCCACCCAGACGUAGUGUUUUCGCUCGCAACGCUCCGCUCACGCAGAAUGGCACGCCGGAGCGUUGGUCUCCUCCCGCUACAUCGUCUAUGUCACAGUACAUGCUGCAGUUCGGAGAGCCCUCCCAUCCCCUUGCUUUGAGGUUUUCUCCUCCUGCCCCAUCUCCUUCGCCUCCCUUCGACAUCUUCGCAGGCCACUAUCCUCCCACAUACGCUGACAUUCACGAAACUGACGCAGAGAUGGAGUGCCUCCUCGCUAUUCUUCCCGAUAUCUUCGACCUCGAUCUACCUGAGCUGCCCUGCGACGAGCGCCCUCUUACACCCGGUCAGACAGACGGGAGUCGGUACGGUAUGCAGUUUCAUGGCAUUGGACUAGGCGAUCGCUGGAAUUGUCCUAGUGUGCGAGAGGGUGAGCCGUUCCGAGUACGUCCCCGCGAUCAUGAUGGUUGGGGUGGAUGGCAGUGGGCUAUCGACAAGGGAUGGGGAAAUGAGUAA